AUGCCUCCCGGCGAUGUGUCCCUGCCGGACAGCCUUGUGCCGGGCAACGGGGCUGUCCGUCCGACUUUAAAUACCAGUGGUCAUGGUGGCAGCCUCCAGAGACAGACCCCCACCUCGCCUGCGGACAGCACUAAGCCCUUCGACUCACCCCGUGCAAGGCCUGGAGGUGCAAAUGGAUCAGUACACAGUCCCAUCGAAGGAACACAAAAUCCUGAUGGUCGCAUGGGUCGAAGAUUAGAUUCAAACAAUCCUAGCCCAAUAGACUCAUCCACCCCGCGCGAUCGAGCCGGUUAUUGGGAGAAGUCCGCACAACGCGACAGACCUGCCCAAAGUGGCCGACCGCCUACAAAAUCCCCUGCGAGUUCGCGAAUCUGUAAAAAAUGCGGCGAUCCUCUGACGGGCCAAUUUGUGCGUGCGCUUGGCGCAACAUACCAUCUUGAGUGCUUCAAGUGUGAGGACUGCGGGCAAAUCGUUGCAUCCAAGUUCUUCCCGGUUGACGCUGAAGACGGAAGCGGGCAGUAUCCCCUGUGUGAGACCGAUUACUUUCGACGAUUGGACCUUCUUUGCCAUGAAUGCGGCGGUGCCUUGCGUGGCUCUUACAUCACGGCCUUAGAGCAUAAAUAUCACAUCGAGCAUUUUACUUGCUCCGUUUGUCCAACAGUUUUCGGCGCUCAGGACUCCUACUAUGAGCACGAGGGCAGGGUCUAUUGUCAUUUCCAUUAUUCAACGCAGUUCGCCCAGCGAUGUCAUGGAUGUCACACGGCAAUCCUGAAGCAAUUCGUCGAAAUCUUCCGCAAUGGCCAGAACCAGCAUUGGCACCCCGAAUGCUACAUGAUACAUAAAUUCUGGAAUGUGCGUUUAGCACCCACUGGGCAGCCACUAGAACUUCCUGAGACGGGACCCGAUGCCACUGACGAAGAGCGGAACAAAAUUCGGGAAGAAGAGGACAUGAUGGAGGAGAAAGUCUAUCGAAUUUGGAGCAUCCUUUCCGGGUUCGAGGAAUCGUCGGCGGCCUGUAUCUCAGAUAUGCUACUCCACGUCAGCAAUGGCUCUUAUUUGGAUGGUGUGCUAGUUGCUAAGAGAUUCAUUGGUCACGUCGAAGUUCUCUUCCGCGCUAUCGACGAAUUGGCAGGAUACAUCAGAACUCAGGAAAUGAAAGAUCUCACAUAUGGCCGAGAAGCAAAGCUUCUAUGCAAGAAGAUUGUUGCAUUCUUCGCCUUACUUUCCAAAACUCAGGAAACUGGGCCUAGGAAGUUGGGUGUCACACAGGAACUCUUGUCUUUGGUCACCGGUCUUGCUCACUAUCUCAAACUUCUCAUUCGAAUUGGGCUGCAAGGUGCUCUCAAAUUAGAGAGGGAAAAGCGAAGCCCUGAUGGCCUUUACUAUUUCUUGGACCACUUGGCGGAUAUUGAGGCAUUACGCCCCCCAGAGCAAGAAGAAUCACCUGCAGAUCUGAUGGCUGGAGUAGCCAAACUCGCUGAUCAGCUCUCUGAUUGCUGCGUAGCAUGCAAAGAACCUAUUGAUGAUGAAUGCAUUCUGUUGAAUGACUCUAGAUGGCACAUCAAACCGCCUCAUCUCACAUGUGCGGCUUGCCAAACCGAUCUUACUGGCACUUAUCACGAUGCACUCUGGAACUCGAAGAUGAAGAAGGUUUACUGCAGCAGUUGCGUCGCGCAGCAAGGCCUGGCUAGUGAGAGCCAAACUGGAUUCACUCGGGUGACUAAACUGGAGCAAUUCGUCUUUCUACUGCGAGUUGCGCUUGCUCGCUUGCUCGCUGUGUUGCAUGCUGGAGGAACCUUGCAAUCUACCUCAGAAGAACCGAGCUCUGAUGAGCCCAGAGAUGGUAGUCAAAUGCCACCUGGCGGGCAGAUUCGCAGAUCCGCAACACGAGCAAAACAUGCAGGCAGAGACGGUGCGGCGGAAUCAUCGCUUGAGCAAACCGUUGGUGAAAUGCGACGCUUGCGAUCGAUUCGAAAUGAACGUACUUUGUCAACAACUUAUAAAAGAGCUCGAGCUUCUCGGAUUAUUGACGGCCCUGAAGGCAGAAGUGUCCGUCCUGGUUCGUCCGGUGGCGAAGGCUCUGAUGGCCGUGGUCAUGGGUUCCAGAUCGUAGAGGAAAGAGACGCGAAUGGCGAGACAGUUACCGAUCUGACGUUUGGCAAUCAGGAUGCUUUGACAUUGGACGAUAUCCCGAGGAUUGUUGCUGCCGAGCAAGCAAAAGAACAGCGCCCAAAUGCCUACAGACAUGCUGGUACCAAGCUUGUGGGGACCUCCGAGCCACUUCCCAAAUAUAACCAGGGCCAUCAACGUGGUGUGUCCAGUGGCGGCUUGGAAUCCCAUCUCAUUGAGCGGAACGGAAAGACCAAGAAGUACUUUUCUGAACUCUCUGCCCUCGAAUACUUCAUCGUACGACACGUCGCAGUACUCUCCAUGGAACCCCUGCUCGAGGGACACUUCACAUUAGAGGAGCUACUUUCGCUGAUCGAAUCUCGCAAGCCAACCAUUUGGAACAUCUUCGGUCGUGCUUUUAAUAAAGAUGCCAAGAAGGGCGGAAAGAAGAAGGGCGUGUUCGGUGUGAGCUUAGAUUUCCUCGUUGAAAAGGAGGGGACCGAAUCCUCACACGGCGUGGGGCCAGGCGCCUUGCGCAUUCCUGCCCUGGUCGACGAUGCCGUAUCAGCAAUGAGACAGAUGGACAUGUCGGUGGAAGGUGUCUUCCGGAAGAAUGGCAACAUCCGGCGACUGAAGGAAAUUUCUGAUUUGAUCGACAACAAAUAUGAUCAGGUGGACCUGACGAAGGAGAACCCUGUGCAGAUUGCAGCGUUGCUGAAGAAGUUUCUUCGUGAAAUGCCCGACCCACUACUAACAUUCAAGCUGCACAACUUGUUUGUGAUCUCCCAGAAAAUCGCCGACCCGGAAAAGCAGAAGCGGCUGUUGCAUCUCGCAUGCUGCCUCCUUCCCAAGGCUCAUAGAGACACCAUGGAGGUCCUCUUCGCCUUUUUGAAUUGGACCUCAUCCUUCUCCCAUGUGGAUGAGGAUACUGGUAGCAAGAUGGACAUUCACAACCUUGCGACUGUCAUCACGCCCAACAUUCUAUAUCCCAAUACAAAGAACAGUACUGUGGAUGAAAGUUUCUUGGCAAUCGAGGCUGUAAAUGCCCUCAUCGCGUACAACGAUACCAUGUGCGAGAUUCCCGAGGAUCUGCAAGCUGUUCUCAGCGAUACCACCCUCUUCAGGGGAGACAGUGAAGUCAGCAGCAAAGAGAUCCUGAAAAGAUAUGGGGAUAUUGCGCGGGGAAGUUUCUCUCAAAAACCAAACAAUGGGGGAGAAACAGUCACAAUCACCAAUCCUCAUAAUCGGGGAGCCAACAUACCUACAUCUGCGCGUAUCGAAACGGACCCCUCUCAAGAUGCAUCCUGGCAGAACCAGGCCUCAGUUCGUCAAGUGCAGAAUCCCAGUGGGCAUAAUCACUCAGCUAGUACUUCCGCACCGUUUACCCCGAAGGAACUUGCACCUGGACAAACCGGCAAUUACCGUGGGCGAAGCACUAGCAAUGGCAGCCAGCAAAACCAAGUUCCUCAGGAGGGACAAUCCCACCAAAUGCCAUACAGAGCUCGUCAAGGAGCGGGCCCAAUGGGAGUUGCUGGUUAG